UUGAGCAGGACCGGAAGCGGGCAAAGGGUCCCCCGGGUGGCGGUGGAUGGCGGUUUGGAUCGGGAUCGGGGCUCCGGAUCGCGGAGACUGCGCCUAAGCGGACGGUCGGAGAAGCGGCCUGAGCGAGGCAGCCAGGAGAGUGAACAGAAUGAGCUGGGCUUUGGAAGAAUGGAAGGAAGGCCUCCCUACCAGAGCGCUACAGAAGAUUCAGGAGCUGGAGGGACAGCUGGACAAACUCAAGAAAGAGAAGCAGCAGAGGCAGUUUCAGCUUGACACGCUGGAGGCCGCACUGCAGAAACAGAAGCAGAAGGUUGAAACUGAAAAAACUGAAGGUACAAACCUGAAGAGGGAAAACCAAAGAUUGAUGGAAAUAUGUGAAAAUUUGGAGAAAAGUAAGCAGAAGAUUUCUCACGAACUUCAAGUCAAAGAGUCACAAGUGAAUUUCCAGGAGGGACAGCUAAACUCAGGCCGAAAACAAAUAGAAAAACUGGAGCAGGAAUUGAAAAGGUGUAAAUCUGGACUCGAAAGGAGCCACCCAGCGGCGCCUCCUGCUGACUGCUCUCUCUGCGCCUGCAGCUCGCUGCAGAUCUUCGCCGCUCCGCCCACGCCGGGCCAGCCUUACAGCGGUUCCAAGUAUGAAGACCUCAGAGAAAAAUACAAUAAAGAAGUUGAGGAACGAAGAAGAUUGGAAGCGGAAGUGAAAGUCCUGCAGGCUAAAAGAGCCAGCCAGGCGGUUCCCCCGACUACCAUGAAUCACCGAGACAUUGCCCGGCACCAGGCCUCCUCGUCUGUAUUCUCCUGGCAACAGGAGAGGACCCCAAAUCAACUUCCAUCUCAUCCUCAAAAAACCCCAAGUAGGAGGGAUUUCUCCGCAUCUCACAUUUUUGGAGAGGAAGAGGUGACUCCGAGCAGAUCAGUUUUGCAAACAGGGAAAAGAGACACUAAUAGCAGUUGCCAUGAUAAUUCCUGCAGUUCUCCUCUUUUGGAUCAAUUGAAAGGCCAGAAUCAAGAGCUGAGAAGCGAGGUUAAUGAGCUGCAACUACGUCUGCAAGGACAAGAGAAAGAAAUGGAAAGCCAAGCGCAUAGAUUUCAAGAGCUGCAACUCCAGCUGGAGAAAACAAAAGUGGAAUUAAUUGAAAAAGACAAAAUUUUGAAAAAAAACAGGGAUGAACUAGCGAGAACGACCGCGCAGUAUGAGCAGGCAGCAACUCAGUGUACUGCGCUGGAACAAAAGCUGAAAAAGUUGACGGAGGACUUGAACUGCCAACGACAAAACGCGGAAAGUGCCAGAUGUGCCCUGGAGCAGAGGGUCAAGAAGAAAGAAAAGGCGCUCCAGGAGGAGCUCUCCCGACAGCAGCGCGCCUUCCAGACACUGGACCAGGAGUGCAUGCAGAUGAAAGCCAGGCUCACCCAGGAGCUGCAGCAGGCCAAAAACGCGCUCUGCGGCCUGGAGGCCGAGCUGCACAAAGUCACAUCAGUAAAACAACAGUUAGAGAAAAAUUUGGAAGAAUUGAAGCAAAAGUUCAGCAGAAUGGAACAGGCUUCCAAGGACAGGCAGGUGGAGGAGGAGGCCCUGAGGAGGAGCAGCCAGGAAACGAAGAAGGAAAAUGGCUUCCUUAGGACUCAGUCUGAACAAAGGGCCAGAGAAGUCAGCCAUCUGGAGGAGGAGCUCCGGAAAGUCCAGGCGUGUUUGAGUCAGAGUCAGAACUUUUUGGAAGAAAUGAGAGCUAAGAAUACCUCUCAGGAAACCAUGUUAAGAGAUCUUCAAGAAAAAAUAAAUCAGCAAGAAAACUCCUUGACUUUAGAGAAGCUGAAACUCGCCCUGGCUGAUCUAGAAAAGCAGCGAGAUUGUUCCCAAGACCUUUUGAGGAAGAGGGAACAUCACAUCGAGCAAUUGAACGAGAAGUUAAGCAAGAUAGAGAAAGAGUCUAAAACUUUACUGAGUGCCUUGGAGUUAACAAAGAAAGAAUAUGAAGAACUGAAUGAAGAGAAAACUCAGUUUUCUCAUUGGAAAAGUGAAAAUGAAAAACUUUUAUAUCAGAUGGAAGCAGAAAAGGAGAGCUUGCAGAGUAAAAUCAACCACUUGGAAACAUGCCUCAAGACACAACAAAUAAAAAGCCACGAAUAUAAUGAGAGAAUAAGAACACUGGAGCUGGAAAGAGACAACCUCAGUGUGGAGAUGAGAAACCUGUGCAGUAUGGUCGAUAGCAAGACGAGGGAGGCAGAGAUGCAGAAACAGGCUUAUGAGGAGCUGCAGCAGAAAGCUGAGCUCUCAGAUCAGAAGCAUAAGAAGGAAAUAGAAAAUCUGUGCCUGCAGACUUCUCAGCUUACUGGGCAAGUUGAAGACCUAGAACAGAAGCUUCAGUUACUAUCGAGGGAGCUAAUGGACAAGGCCCAGCUUUACCAAGACUUGCAGGCUGAAUAUGAGAACCUCAGGGAUCUGCUCAAAUCCAAAGACUCUUCACUGUCACAGGGGGACCAUCAGAGAAGUUGUCUGGCUUUUGAACAGCAGUCAGCAAUGAGUACUUCCUUUGUAAAUGCAAUGGGAGAACAGGGAAGCAGUUCUUCAGGAAGGAGCCAGUGUCUUUUAGAUGCAGACCAAAGUCCAAAAAGUUCAGCCAUACUACACAAUAGAGUCGUUUCGCUUGGAUUUUCCUUAGAAUCUCAAAAGCAGAUGAACUCCAAUCUGCAGAAGCAGUGUGAAGAGUUGGUUCAUAUCAAAGGGGAAAUAGAAGAAAAUCUCAUUAAAGCAGAACAGAUGCAUGAAAGCUUUGUGGCCGAGACAAGUCAGCGGAUUUGCAAGUUACAGGAAGACACUUCUGUUCAUCAGAAUGUUGUUGCUGAAAGUUUAGUUGCCCUUGAACACAAGGAAAAAGAGUUACAACUUUGGAAAGCAAGAUUAGAAUCUGAGCAAGUAGAGAUUGAAGAAUUAAAAAAGAGCAACCAGCUCCUGGAAGACUCUCGAAAGGAGCUACAGCUUUUAUCUGAAACCCUGGGCUCAGAAAAAAAGGAAAUGAGUUCCGUUAUUUCUCUAAGUAAAAAAGAAAUUGAAGAGCUAACCCAAGAGAACGGGACUCUCAAAGAGAUAAAUGAAAUCUUAAACCAAGAGAAAAUGAACUUAGUGCAAAAAAAUGAGAAAUUUUCAAACUGUAUAGAGGAACAAGAGAAAAGCAUUUCAGAGUUGUCUGAUCAGUACAAGCAAGAAAAACUCAUUUUACUACAGAGGUGUGAGGAGACCAGAAGUGCAUUUGAGGAUCUCAGUGAAAAAUACAAAGCAGCACAAGAAAAGAAUUUGAGGUUAGAAUGCUUGCUAAACGAAUGCAACAGUGUUUGUGAAAGCAGGAAAAAUGAACUGGAGCAGCUAAAGGAAACAUUUGCAAAAGAACACCAAGAAUUCUUAACAAAAUUGACCUUUGCUGAAGAACAAAACCAGAAGCUAAUACUAGAGUUUGAGGUGGUACAGCAAGCUUUGAAGUCUGAGAUUAGGGACCUUCACUCCAGUUCCAAGAGUGAGGCUGAUGGCUUAAGGCAAGAAACCAUGACUUUAAAGGAAGAACAAAAUAAGAUGCAAAAGGAAGUUAAUGACUUAUUACAAGAGAAUGAGCAACUGACGAAGUUAACCAAGACCAUACAUGAAGGUCAGCAUCUCAAAUUGGAGCCACUUAGGGACCCUGUGACCGAAAGAGAGAAUGAGAUAAAUACAUGUAAUUUCCAACUUCAGAUGGAUCUUGGGGUCAGAGACAUCGCUCCUAACAAUUAUAAUGCACAGAUGGUACAAUUAGAAGCUUUGAUAAGAAAUACGGAAUUAAAACUUCAGGAAAGCGAGAAGGAUAAAGAGUGCCUGCAGCAGGAGUUGCAGACACUUAGAGGAGAAUUAGGAGCUGGAAACGUCCAAGACUGCUCGUCACAGGAAAUGAGUGGCCUUAUGAACUGUGAAGUGGAUGCGGAAGGAAAGUACAGUGCAGUGCUUUGUGAGCUGUCCCCAAGGCAGGGUGACAGUGCACACUCGCAGUGUUCUCUCCAGGCAGCCUUGAGCAAGCUGCAUGAGCUGGAGAAGAUGUGUGAGAUGCUGCAGGUGGAAAAGCUGCAGCUGGUGUCAGAGCUAAAGGACUCAAGGGCAGAGUGUAUCACAGCAACCAGUAGAAUGGCAGAAGAGGUAGAGAAGCUAGUGAAUGAAAUGAAAAUGUUGAACGAUGAAAACAGCCUUCCCCAAGCUGAGCCUGUGGGAGAGAUGCUGGCCAGUGAAUUUGAUAGACAGCAAAAUGAGCAGACACCUGUGUCCUUGAACCCUUUAGAUGAUAGCAAUUCCUAUGAGCAGCUGACCUUGUCAAAUAAAGAGGUUCAAACGCACUUUGCCGAACUACAGGAGAAAUUCUCAUCUUUACAAAGCGAGCAUAAGAUUUUACAUGAUCAGCGCUGUCAGAUGAGCUCCAAGAUGUCAGAGCUACGGUCCUAUGUUGACACACUGAAGGCUGAAAAUUCAGCCUUGUCAGUGAAUUUGAGAAACCUGCAAGGUGACUUGGCAAAAGGGAUGAAGCCAGAGGAACGUAUUCUGUCACUGUCCUCUUGUGUGACCAACAGCCCUAGUGAGACAAGUUUUGGAGAGUACUCUUUUCACAAAGAUGUUUUAGAACAGACUGGUGACACGUCUUUUUUGAGUAAUUUAGGGGAGAGUGUUUCAGCAAAUGCCAGCCUGGAGGAGGAGACUCUGACCAUGAAGGAAGCCCCAGCCACCUUGGAGAGGAGCGUAGAAGAACUCAAGACCCUCUGCCAGGGGUACCUGCAGUCCCUGAAGAAUCUGCAAGAGAAAAUGGAAAGUCAAGCGAUGAUGAAAGAUAAAGAAAUUCAAGAGCUGAGGCAGUUAUUAAGUUCUGAAAGGACAGAGCUGGACCGCCUUAGGAAGCAGUACUUGUCCCAAAAUGAGCAGUGGCAGCAGAAGCUGACAAGUGUGACGCUGGAGAUGGAGUCCAAGCUGGCGGCAGAGAAGCAGCAGACGGAACACCUGUCCCUUGAGCUGGAGGUGGCCCGGCUGCAGCUUCAGGGACUGGAGCUAACUUCUCAGUCCUGGCUUGGUGCCGACAUUGACGACGCUAUUCAGAACCACCAAAAUGGCAGCUGUGACAUAAAAGAAUCAGAAGAAUAUACUUCAGAAAUUACAGAAAAAACACCAAAGCAGGACAGUCAUCAGAUUUGUGAAGAGGUUGUCCAGGAGUGCCUCAGUGUAGAGUCUGAAGAAACCACUGGGAGCCCACUUGUUCCACGGGGAGCCAGGGAAGUGCCCUCGGAAACCAACUAUGAGACAGCAGUGGGAGACCAAAGCCAGGGCUGUCCCGAACACACUUAUGAACUGUCGACUGGUGGGUCUUGUGCUUUGUCACCCGUGGAGUUUGUGGAGAAUCAAGUGUCUGUCCAGACUCUCCAGCUGCAGGUGAAAGAGGCAUUGAAUGAGAAUUUGAGAUUACUUCACGCCAUAGAGGACCGUGACAGAAAAGUUGAAAAUUUGCUGAAUGAAAUAAAAGAGUUAGACUCAAAACUUGAUUUACAGGAACUACAACUAAAGACCAAGAUUGAAACAUGCUUACAAUUGGAAAAAAUAGUGGAGGAACUUCAGAAAGAAAAAUGUAAUUUAAGUGUAAAAUCGGAAUCCUUUUCUUGUGGUGACCAGGAGUUAGGCCUGAGAGUAGAAACUUCCCUUCGUUCUAAUUUAGAAAUGGGCACUGAUGACUCCUCACAGGAAGUUCUUAAAGAGAACAUUGCCAAGGAGGAUGACAACUGGAAGGAGAGAUUUCUCGAUGUGGAGAAUGAGCUGAACAGGAUGAAGGCUGAGAACGCUAGAAUUGAACAUCGCGCCCUCACCAUGGAAGCCGACUUAGAGGUGGCUCAAACUGAGAAGCUAUGUUUGGAAAAAGAUAAUGGAAACAGUCAGAAAGUUAUCAUCCACCUUGAAGAAGAACUCUCUGUGGCCACAAGCGAGAGAAACCGGCUUCAUGGAGAAUUAGACGCCGUGACAAAAGAAAACAAAACCCUGGCCCAGAUGUCUGAGGUGAUGAAGGAGAAAGUCCAGGCGCUGGAGGCUGAGGUCAGGGACAGAGCAGCUGCCCUUCAGACGCUGUCCUUGCAGGUGAGCGAGCUGUCAGAAAACAAAAGGAACCUGCAGGAGCAGCUGCGGAGGUUGGAAGGGGACUCCCAGACACUGUCCUCUGCAGCUCAGGAACUGGAAAGCCAAGUCAGACGACUGGAUAAGGAGAAGGAAUCGCUGGCCAGGGAGUCUGAGAGCCUGCAGGCCAAACUGAGUGAGUUGGACCAGGAAAGGCUGACCGUGUCCAGGGCCCUGGAGGCCGCACUGAUGGAGAGGGAUGAGUUUGCAGAGCGACUCGGCUCCACCCAGGAGGAGGUCCACCAGCUGAGGAAAGGCAUGGAGAAACUGCGUGUGCGCAUUGAGGCCGAUGAGAAGAAGCAGCUCCACGUCCUGGGAAAACUGAAAGGAAGUGAGCGAGACAACGAUGUGCUCCGGGAUAAGGUGGAGGGUCUCCAGCGGGAGCUGCAGAUGUCUGAGGAGAACCAAGAGUUGGUGGUCCUGGACGCCGAGAAUGCCAAAGCCGAGAUGGAGACCCUAAGAGCACAGUUAGACGAGCUGGCUGAAAGCCUGCGAGGUUCCCAAGUAGAUCUUGCUGUGCUCAGAUCAGAAAAGGGGGAUCUGACAAAGCAGCUGCAGGAGAAACAGGGCCAAGUGUCCGAAUUAGAUGGGCUUCUCUCUUCACUUAAGAGUCUUCUAGAAGAAAAGGAGCAAGCAAGGGCACAGAUGCAAGAAGAAUCCAAAACUGCGGUGGAGAUGAUCCAAGCACAAUUGAGAGAGCUGACUGAGGAGGUUGCAGCCUUGUGUCAGGACCAAGAGCCCCCGAGGGCUGAGGAACAGAACCUGGACGCCCCGGGGAAUGAAGUGCCUCGGCUGCGGGGCAGCAUCGGGAGGCUCAGAGCCCGUGUGGAAGCUGAUCGUGAGAAGCAGCUCCAUGUCUUACAACAACUGAAGGAAAGCGAGUGCCAUGCGGAUUUGCUGAAAGGAAGUGUUGAGAGCCUUGAAAGGGAGCUGGAGCUGUCAGGGAGAAGCCAAGAGCAUGCAGUUCGUGAGGCCAAGGAUUCCAGAGCUGAGGUGGAGACCCUGAAAGCAGAAAUCCAGCAGAUAGCCCAAAACCUGAGAGACUUGGAAGUCGAUCUUGUUAAUACAAAGUCAGAAAAAGAAAAUCUGACCAAAGGACUACAAGAAGAGCAAGCACGUGUGUCUGAAUUAGAAAUAUUAAACUCUUCGUUGGAAAACCUAUUGCAAGAAAAAGAGCACCAAAACGUUCAGAUAAAAGAGGAAUCUGAAGUUGCAGUGGAGAUGCUUCAAGCACAAUUAAAAGUGUUGGAUGAGAAGAUGAUAACCUUGUGCAACGACCAAGCGGCCUGUAAGAGGAAAGAACAGAGUCUGAGCAGUCAGGUGGAUUCUCUUGAACUGGAGAAGGCUCAGUUGCUACAGGACCUCGAGGGAGCCAAAAAUAAUUACAUUAUUUUGCAGUCUUCUGUGAAUGGCCUCAUGCAGGAAGUAGAAGAUGGCAAGCAGGAACUAGAGAGGAAGGAUGAGGAACUCAGUCAGCUGAAAGGUCAAGUUCAAGAUCAGGAGCAGCUUGCCUCUCAGCUGUCCCAGGUAGAAGGAGAACGACAGCUCUGGCAGAAGCAGAAAGCGGAAAUGGGGACUCUAGCCGUGGAAUUGGAGCAGAAGGCCCGAGAGCUGCAAUCCAAAAACCACACCUUGCAGGAGUCCUUGGAAGGGCUGCAGAAUUCUUGCCGAGAGCUGGAGAGUGAGCUCACAUUGACAAAAGUAGAAAACAUGUCCUUGGUUGAAAAAGUAAACACCAUGAUUGUGAAGGAGGCCGAGCUACAGGGGGAAAUGCAGAAUAUGGUAGAGAAAACCACAGAGCUGAAAGAAGAAUUUAGUGGAGAGAAAAACAGGCUCGCUGCAGAAUUAAAUGUGCUGUCGGAGGAAAUAAAGAGCAGCAAAACAGACCACCUGAAAUACGUAGAUCAGCUGAAGAAGGAGAAUGAACGUGCUCAGGGGAAGAUAAAGUUGUUGCUCAAAUCCUGCAGACAGCUGGAAGAGGAGAAGAAAAUGUUGCAGAAAGAGCUCUCUGACCUAGAAGCUGCCCAGAAACAAAAAACAGGUGCUCUUGUGGAUGUAAAUGUGGAUGAGCUAAUGGCUGAGAUCAGAGAGCUGAAAGAAACUCUUGAAGAAAAAGCCAAGGAGGCCGACGAGUACCUGGAUAAGUACUGUUCCCUGCUGAUCAGCUAUGAAAAGCUGGAGAAAGCGAAGGAGAUGUUGGAAACACAGGUCACUCGCCUGAGUUCACAGCACCCUAAGCACGGUCUUAGCGGCUCUUCCCUGCAGAGUUCCACCACGCCAGAGCCGUGUCCAGCCCCUUCAGUUGGGGAAGGGAGGUCCUCAUCUGGCCGAAGUAAAGCUUCCGGCAAGAGGCAGAGGUGCAGUGGGAAUUGGGAGAGCAGAGGAGGACUAACACCUUCUACCCCAGAGACCUUUCCUAAGAAAAGUAGGAAAGUGGUCAAAAGUGGUAGCAUCCACCCUGCCGAGGAUGAAGAAGAGUUUGAGCCGGAGGGGCUUUCGGAAGUUGUAAAGAAAGGGUUUGCUGACAUCCCAACCGGAAAGACCAGCCCCUACGUCCUUCGAAGGACCACUGUGGCCACCAGGACCAGCCCCCGCCUGGCUGCGCUGAAGUCAGCCCUGUCCCCCCUGAGUGUGGGCAAAGAAAAUCUCGAAGAGUCCUCCAAACCAACAGCUAGUGGCAGCAGAUCCCAAAAGGUCAAGGUUGCGCAACAGAGCCCGGUGGGGUCUGCAGAGCCCACUGUGACGUCUGUCUCUGUCCGUCACUUUUCUGGGAGGAGCCCGGCCGACAGCCCUGGAGACGGCCCCAGAACCAGGCGCAGCCCGCUGGUCCCCAGCCCGGACGCCAGGCCUCAGCCCAUGAACAGCGAGAACUGUCGGGUCCAGUGAGGGGGACCCCGCAUCGAGACCCCCAGGGAGUGACAGUGCUGGACAGGACAGGUCUCCUCCAAGGACUUUCCUUCAUCAGGGAGCACUUUAGCAUUCAGGAGCAAACACUCCCUGAUGAGCCCAACAUAUUGUCCCCUGCAGUGCCCUGUGUGUACAGGGACAAGUUCGGAAGCACUGAGCACCCAGUUGUCUGCUGUACUGUGAAUAGUCCCGUGUAAACUUCCUGUUCAUUUGUUAUAAUUAAAUGGCGAGCACCACGACAGCUUCUGUUUGUAUGUGCAUUUUACAUGAAAAAAUGCAAAACGCGUUUUAAACUUCCAAUUGGCAACUUACAGGAAAAACGGGAACUUCUGCUUUAUGAUCUUUCCUAUGUGUAGUGUUAGACAGGAAAUAAUUUUCAAUCAAAAAUUUCUUUGAGCUGAAUGAAAUGAAGGAAAAUCAUGUUGUAUGUUUCUAAGAAAAACAUGUCCUUCUCUUCCAGUGUGUUUCAUACAUCACUUACAUAUCCUGUACAUAUGUGUAUGUAGGGUUGUGGGGAGUGUGUAUGUUUUUUCCAGUUAGUUCUUUUUGUUUGUUUGUUUUUUUGAUACCAGGCAUCGAACUCGGGACCUUGCACUUGCGAGGCAGGCAGUCCAGUUCUUAGAGAUGUAGCAUAUCAUGCUUUCUAUCGUGCUUUGUUCUCAAAACCAUUAUAUUUCCUUGGUGUGCAUUUUCAUAUCUGGUGAUGUAUUAAAAUAAAGGCCUUUUUUUCUAAUAAAAA